CUGAAAUAUGUAAUUAAUAAUUUACAAUGAGCAUGACGAAGAAUAAGGAAAUUUGGACAAAAUUAGUCGAGAAAGGUAAGAAAGGCACCUUCUUGGAUGGACUUGUUCUUGGUACUCUUGUACAAGACCAAUCUCACUCGAUCGAAGACUGGGCAUCUCUAUUUGAAGAUUGGAAGGAAAGUGCUAAUGAAAUGGGCUUAGAUGAGGACAAAAAGAAGUUGCUGAUGUACUCUUCCUUCUUGCUGACCUACAACCUUGGCAAGAACAGGGAAUCAAUGAAGAAGAGAGAUUAUAAGAAGGCUGAGAAGAAUAUUGAAGGAACUAACACAUCUGACUUAUUCUCUCAUGUCUAUGGAUCCAAGCCAGAUUUGGAUAAGAAUAACACAAGAGAGAGUGAUAAAGAGCCUUUGAAGGACAUCAAGGAGGAAGAGGAAAGUAAGGAAGAACAUGAAAAUGAAAAAUCAAAGAACUCCCGUCCUACUUUGGUUGAAGAGAAAACUCCCUUUUAUGAGGAAGAAGAGAAUGCAGUUCAUAAGUGCAGUUUUUGUCAUAAAAUGAGUAGGAAGACAAGGCCACUGAAGAACUGCAAUCACUUUAUCCAUAACAGUUGCUUGAAGAUGAAGACUAUUAGUACUCUAAUCACAGGAAAGUACAAGAUCAUGUGUCACGAUAAGGAGUGUACAGAGUUGGUUAAUAGAGAUGACAUUUUCACAGUGAUUGAUGACAAGGCUCAAAUUUGCUAUGACUCCUUACAUUUCUUACUCGAGUUCAUAAGUGCAGAGUCUGAUAGGAUAGUUUACUGGUGUUUUAACUGCAGACUGAUAAAUUGCAAGUACGGUAGCCAGAACUCCAAGUGCCUAGCCUGUAACAAAAAGCAGGACAAACUGAAAAGUGUGUUCACCUUGAUCAAACUAGCCAUAAUCGAGAAGGAAUCCAAGUACCUUUUCUCCCAGAGCAAAUCCAAAGAUGGAAAGAACCACGAGGCUAUUAACAAGUGUAUUGAGGACUGCAAAGAGCAGAUUCCCAGAUGUCCUGAAUGCUUGCUCUGGAAGCACAAAUUCUCUAGUAUCACCCUUAAGUGUCUUUGCUAG